AUGGCAGGAAUGACGAGAACAGCAUCCAUAUUGCUUGUUUUGGCCGCCCUCCUCUCCGCCGUUAUUCCUAUCAAUGCCUCGCCGAAGGUUGUUGGCUUCCCCUUCCACAAAGAGGUCCGUAGAGAUGUCCCUCACCUUCAUCGCCGACAGGAGUCUGUCGAAGUAGUUAUUGGCAAUGCACAGAUCCUAUAUUAUGUCAAUGUCACGAUCGGUACACCACCACAGCCAUUCUCGCUACAGCUAGAUACCGGUAGCAGCGAUAUCUGGGUCCCAUCGACAGAGUCAGACAUCUGUACCCAAAGUAGACGAGCUUGCCAAGUAGGCGCUUUCGAUUCCUCCGCAUCUCGCACUUUUGUGGAUCUGCUACGAAAUGCUUUCCAAAUCCAAUAUGUGGAUGGCAGCCAAAUCCAAGGAGACUACUUUGCCGAUACCCUCUCCUUCGGUAACAGCAUCACACUGCAGAAUAUGACAAUGGGCUUGGCGACAGAAGCAACAAGAGGUCUGGGUAUAAUGGGCAUUGGGUAUGCUGCUGGGGAAUCACUUGCCAUGGAGAACCCCGAGGCCAUUUAUCCAAACGUCAUCGACGAGCUGGUGCUUCAAGGAGAAAUUAGUAGCCGUGCCUAUAGCCUCUACCUCAAUGACCUUGAUGCAGAAAAUGGGAACAUCCUUUUCGGUGGUGUUGACACAAACAAAUAUAGCGGCGACCUAAUCGCGCUCCCCGUGCAAAAUGACUCCAACUCCGGCAGCCUAACCUCCUUCACCGUCGCCUUCACCAGCCUCAGUGUGGUGGACGGCUCCGGAAACAACCAACUGACACGAGACUCCAUCGCUGUGCCUGCCAUCCUCGACUCCGGUACCACAAACACCUAUUUCCCAGAUGACCUCGCCAAUGCCAUCCUCGAAGGUGUAGGCGUCACCACCGACGAAACCUUCGGCAAUGUCGUCGCUUGUGAAGUUGGCAACGAAGAAGCAACCUUCGUCUUCGCAUUUGGUGGUCAAGGUGGCCCCACAAUUAACGUUCCCCUCUCUCAAUUCGUCACCCCACUCUUUACGAGCAAUGGCAACGUUCCGACCUUCGAUGAUGGAAGUGAAGCUUGCAGUUUCGGCAUCUAUGGCGCCGGGAAUGACCCAGUGCUAUUUGGGGACACCUUUCUCCGCUCCGCGUACGUGGUGUAUGACCUGGAAAACAACCAGAUCGCUCUCGCGCAGGCUAGAUUCGAUGUCCAGGACAGCAACAUCCAAGAAUUCACUGCCGGUGGCGCAAUUCCAGGUGUGGAGACCGUGGCGUCGCAGGUCACGGUCACACAGACCUUUUCGGGUCCGCUGCAGACUCAGCAGGCCACCGAGACGGCAACGGCGAGUAUUGUGGGCGGCACGCAGAGAAGCGCUACGUUUAGGCUGGGCACCGUGACUGCGAGUGUGGGGACAGAGAGCUCGCCGGCCGGCAUGGCGAGUGGGCUGGGCGUGCCAAGUAUGGAGCGGACUGCUUUUUUGGCGGGUGCGAUGGCGCUGCUGAGUUUUGUGCUGGGCGGUGGAGUGGUGAUGUGUCUAUAG